GUUUUCUAAACGACAUCGUUUUAGCUUAGGGCUUAGAAAACGACGCCGAUCCUCUCUUGUCUGGUUUUGUUCGUGAUUUCCGAUUCUCCGAUCUUAAAGUUUCCAUUUUUUUGGAAGCUUAUGUUAAAAUCGGAUCCUAAAGCGUUGAUAUUACGCUUCUUCGUCCCGUUGGGAUAGAUAAAAAAGCUCGCAUUCUAUUUGAGUUAGAGAAUCAUCGAGAUUGUGCAGCACAAGAAUCAGAGAGUAGGAUUAAAUUUAAAGGUAAGGGACUGACUGUAUGGGAAUUUGUAAAACAAGGCAUGAGUUCGUCUUUGUCGCUCCUCCCAGAGAAGAAGCCAGAGACGAGAUCUCUUGUGGAACAAAGAAUAUAUUUUGAUUUAAGGAUCCUAUGAGUGAACCAGCUUGUUUUGUGUUUUGAAGCUACAAGAGGUUUAUAGGGUUUAUCAAGGAUUCACCACUUGUGUUCUUUUUUAUUUAUUUAUCAGGGAAUCAUCGAAUUGUGUAAUGGGAAUUGUUUUGGAACCUCCUUGUCCUAAAAGCGUUGAUGGGAUUAGCAUUGACCCUGAGCCUAAUUGGAAUUUCGAUAGUUUGGUCGCUGAGAUCGAGUCUGUUGAAAAGAAGCUCAAUGGCUUCUCAAUGUUUCCCCAGCCAAUUACUAACACUACCUUAAGGAUAGGAAGGAGUGGUGGAGGAUUUGUGAUGCGUGUAUCAGAUGAAGAGAUGGAGAGUGAUGAUGUAGAAGAAGAAGAAGAAGAAGAAGAUCAUAGUCAAAUCUGUACAGCGGGGAAACGUUUUGCCUGUGAUGAGCUUUAUUUGAGUGAUGAAUCUGAUGAUGAGUUUGAUCAUGAACCUGAGUAUAUGAUGAAUAAAAUGGGUCUGGCUGAGAGUGCCCUAUAUGAGGUUAUCAAUGACCACCAAACCGAAAUUAAGGACGACAUUAGGAAUCAAGUAUCAGUUGUUGAAACGGAAAUAAUGAAUGAGAUUGAAACGUCUCGCUCUGCCAUAGCCCGGGUUGAAAAGUACAGUGAAACUCGAAAAGAAGUUGAACGGAAACUUGAUCUUCAAUAUCAGCGAAAAGUUGCUGAAGCACUUGAUACCCAUCUGACUGCAGUCCAACGUGAACAUAAAAUUAAAUCGCAAAUAGAAGAAAGAAAGAUAAGGAGCGAGGAAGCUCAGGAGGAGGCCAGGAGGAAGGAAAGGGCUCAUCAAGAAGAGAAAAUAAGUCAAGAAAAAGCUCACGCAGAGGCUGAAAUGCUAGCAAAAAUCAGAGCUGAAGAAGAAAAGAAAGAAGUUGAGAGAAAGGCAGCCAAAGAAGUAGCUGAAAAAGAAGUAGCAGAUCGCAAAGCUGCCGAACAAAAACUUGCGGAACAGAAGGCUGUGAUAGAGAGUGUUACGGGGGGUUCAGCUACAUCAAAUGCUCAAGCUGGGGGUAAAUCAAUCCGAGCUGCAGAAAAUGCUUUGACAUUGGAGAACCACAGAUUGAAAAAGCUCGAAGAAUUAGAAACAAUGAACCAAUCGCUAAAGUCACGUUCAAAUGAGAACUUUAGCAGUUUUGAAAAGCAUAUUGGAAGGGUUAUAAGGCAAAUAAGUGGGACAAAGGAUAGUGUAAGUGGGAAAAUCAAUGAAAUUGUCAAAAUAUUUAAAGACCCUCGUUGUCCGGUAUCCAUAAGUAUUGCAGCUUUUGCAAAGAAGAUGGUCACCACUAAGGAGAAACCAAACCCUUUUGCAUCCAGCUAUGUCAUUGUUUACAUCACCUCCCAGUUUCCACAAGCUAUGGAUAUUCUUCUUGCUGAAUUCCACAAAGCUUGCAUUUACACUGUUCCAAAGCAUAUUAUAAACUCACAGUCAGCGUGGGAUUCAGACGCAUAUGAACGCCUAGAUUCUAUAAUGAGGCUCUACGGUGCACUUGUUCAGACCGAUAUCCGCGGUGGCAAUGCUACCAACGUUCAUGGGAUCGAACAUGGAUGGGCUUGGUUAGCCCGGUUUCUUAACAAAAUCCCAGCCAACAGAGCCACUGCAACAGCCUUGAACUCCUUUCUCCAGACGGCAGGGUUUGGUCUUCAUCAGCGGUACAAAUCUCAGUUUGUGAAGGUUGUGAAUGUUGUGAGAGAGCAUUUCUUACAGAAAUUGAAGGCGAAAAAGGACACGUCUGAUCUACUAUUGAUCAUAGCCGAAAUCACAGCGUACUUAGAUGACCGGAUGUAUCUCAAGGAACCUGAAGGAAGAAGUAUGAAGACGACGAGUACCUUGUCCUCCGAAUAUACUGCUGAAAUAAAUCAACAGAACGACAAUCAGAAUUACAAGAAUAAUUAUUACAGAGGCUACUAUUGAUUUUAUGUAUCAUCUCAAUUUUCAUCAUUGUUGUAACAUAUAUAUGAUCACAUUAGUUGUCUCACAAGAAGCUUUCUUUUUCUUUUAUUUCACUAUUUUGUUUCAUUUAAAUUUCAGUAUUAAAGAAAUGGAAUGAGUUCAAGAGUUGUUUUCUUGCUGAGAGUGAUCGUUUCUAUUUUUAAUCA